AUGGGCGUGGAUACAGGUGAAUCUGUGUCCCUGGGACGAGGUUCUCGUGUCAAGCGUCCUGCUGCACGAUACGUGGCAGAGGUCGAGGAGCAACAGCCACGUCCCCGGCCCAGCUCGCGGAAGCGCGCGAACGACCCUUCCGAUACGGGUGAACAGGCGAAGCGCCCUAAAUCAGCUGGCACGGACGAAACUGACGAAGAUGACGAUGAGGAGCAAGAGUACUGUGUGUGCCGCCGUGGUAACGACGGCUCACCGAUGAUCUGCUGUAGCCAUUGUGAUGAAUGGUUUCAUUUCAAAUGCAUAGGACUGAACAAACGUGCCGCCGAUCGCCUCGACGAAUACAUUUGCCAAGGCUGCCAAGCCAAGGAACCCGGAAAUACCAAAAAGGAGGAUGAAGAAUACAACGAAGGACAGGAUGACGACGAAGACGAGGACGACGAAGAAGAAGACACUCAUGGGGAUGACCCCGAUGCUGAGAUGGAGGCCCACUUCUCUGACGCGUCGGCUUCAUCAGAGCGGCCUCGUACGCGUACAGUAAGGACAAAACGUGCGCCUCUAAAGGCACCGAGGCGGUCUAGCUCCGGCGUGGACGACGACCCAGUCCGGCGCCAUGUACUGUCUACCUUCACUUCCAUUUUCACCCCACUAUUCACCAACCAAGGCCUUACCGCGGACAAAGCCGCUUCCUAUGCGACGGAACUCGAAAGUGAAUUGUUCCAUGCACUUGGAACAGACCCAAAUCUUCGGGCGUAUAAGGAGCGCUUUCGCACGCUGCACUUUAACCUCAAGGACCCACGCAAUGUCACGCUGCAUGAGCGUAUCACUUCGGGGCAAUUGCCUGCGGAAGAAGUGGUGCAUAUGUCCAACGAAGCACUAGCCAACGAUGCGAUUCGUGAGGCGACAGAAAAGGCCAAGCGCGAUGCGCUUCAACAAGCUGUGCUUCUGCGCGAGAAGGAAGGACCCGCACGAAAGAUUACACACAAGGGAGAAGUCGAUAUUGAGCGCGACGACCCUGCGUUUGCGUCGAAGGAAAUUCGUUCUCUGCCAGCGACUGAGCCUCAGCCUAUAUCUGAUUCUGCGGCAGACGCGUCGGCCAUGCCCUCUUCGUCUCCUUCCAUGCUGGCCAAAAACCAUGAUGACAUGCCUUCCUUCCCAGAGCCCGAUUCACUCACAGGGCUAUGGGACAAGCAGGCCGCGCCUAUACCUGAGGAGGCUCCUAUGGAUGAGCCCACCGACCUGGGCAUUGCUGCCCCUACGGAGGCCGACUCUUUCGUUGACUCUUUUCUCGGCGACGAGCGUCCUUCGUCGUCAGCACCAAGUGCAGGGCACAAAGUGCAAGAGAAAUCUAUGGUGGAUGCAGCCCCAGACACGCUCGAGAGCCAUACCCCUGCCGGGACACCCCCGCCAGAUUCUUUUGCCGCACGCUGGGCCGCACGAUCAAAGAAUACGUUGACCGGUAGUCCAGUUAUAUGGGACGGCGUGAUUACUAUGCCUGAAUACACAUCGGCGUAUGUGCAUGUACGGCCCUUGUCCCACCCCUGGUAUGCACCGGAGGCGCCGCUCUGGCGCGACUGCUUUCCGACGCCUGAGCGUACUGUCGAGGGUCGCUUACCCAGUCAAACUGCGAUUGAUUACCUCGCCCAGGUGCGCAUGUCGCCACGCAAUGAGAUAGUAGUGCUGGCUCUGGAUGCGGGGGGUGCAUCUGCUGCAUCUGGGCGGCACGAAGGGACGCUGCACAGCUCGCCCGCCCUGGACAAGCUUGUGCACUACUUUGCAGACAAGCAGCGUUUCGGUGUGCUAGCGCCUGCGCCUGGGAUGCAAGGCUCGCUUGUAAAAGACUUUUACUUGGCGCCGCUCUUGUCGCAUGAGCCUGUCCCGGAUUGGCUCACAAUGUUGAGCCCGGAAGGUUUGGGGGAUGCAUGGGCCAUGGAGCGCCCGGCUCAUGUGCUUCUUGUGAUUCUUGUACUGUUCAAGGCAGCCAUGGAGGGCAAGACAACGGCGCCCCCUAGCGCGGCGGCUGACGAGGAUGGCCCCAGUUGCGCCAGUAUCCCUUGA